UCACUUGUUUCGCGAUUUGGCUUGGCGUUUCACCUUUCCAGGCUUCGCGAUUAACCCUUACAGGGUACGGCUGGGCGCAUCCGAUCCCACGGUCGUAGUCGCCUCUAAAUCAACAUGAACAGCAACAUUGUAAGAGGCAGAAACACAUUUGUCCUGGUGGUCAUCGGGAGGGUAAACCCUUCAUGCAAACUGCACCUAUUCUCAACAAGAAGAGGAGGUAGAAUCUACAUUUCCACAAUGUAGGACUUGAGAACAGGAAAUGCUUUUUCACCCACAGGGUUAUUAACCCAUGGAAUCUCCUACCCGCUGAAGUCGUAACUGCUAAAACUUGUUAAUAAAUAUCUAGUAAUGAUCACGCUAAAUGGGGAGACCUUCGACAAGCCGCCAGCUUCCUGUCCUUGUCGAGGCCACUAGUGUUAGUGGCUCUCAGGAAACAGGUAAACUCGGGUAAGAAUUGAGCGCCACGUUGUCUCCGUGGCACAGUGGCAAGACACUAGCCCGGCGCUUUGCGAGCGAUUUGGCUUGAAUUCGUUUCUUGGCCGGGGAGGAUUUACUGGGCGUCAAUCCUUAACUGUAGCCUCUGUUUAGCCCAACAGUAAAUGGAUACGUGGUUGUUAAACGAUUUGGCGGGUCGUAUUCCGGGGAAAAUUAGGAUUAAGGACUUGCCCGAAACGCUAUGCGUGCUAGUGGCGUAUAUAUAAAUAUAUAAAAUAAAAUAAAAAUAAAAAUAAAUAAAAUUGUAUAUAAUUGCUCUAUCUAGAAAUCCAAUAUUCUGGUUGUAACCCAUUUUGUAUGCAUGUACUUUUACCGAAAUAAACUAUUGUCAAUAUUAUGUUCCAUGUUUUUUUGUAUGUAAAACUGAAAAUUGAGUUGGCAAGACUGCAGAGGCUAAGGUAAACACAGGUCGAUGAGCGGCUGGUGGCAGCUCUCCCUUACCUCGUCUGGGGCACCCUUUCCUUACACCAGACACCUUUACUUCCUCCUCCUCUUCUUCACUGAAGAAGCACAACAGAGAACCAGUAUAGAAGCUUCAUGGACUAGGAGUAAUGUGCUCCUCGUGAGAUGAUGUUAAUUCCAGCCUAACAUACAGCUUCCACUUGGCCUUGUUCACUACCACCUCUUUUGCACCUGUUUGGGUGUAAUAUGUCAAGUUAUCAGCAUUCGAAAUGUUUCACAUCUUUUACAUUAGAAUGCAUUAGAAAAACUGAAAUUUCACAUGAAAUCAUAUUGGUUUUUGUGUUUGUAAAAAAGAUGUCUUUUCUGCUAAGACAUUUACAUUCGUACAAAAAAGAAACAAAAUAUGCUCCAGUAGCAAUGAGAGUGUUUGAAGAAAAAUUUCAAACCAGUAUAAAAAGGGUUUACAGGUAAUUUAUCAAAUAGUUCUAAAUUUUAUUCAGCACUUAAGGAUACUUGAAGGUUGAUUAGUAAGCUGUUAGUGAACUUUAUAUCCUGCUAGUGAUAUGCCUUGUGCUCAUCACUUGCUCUAGGCACCAAACUAAAUUAUUGAUCAGUGUGUAAACUUCUUCCCUACAAAAACUGGUUUAGUAUUACACUCCAUUGUUUAAAAAAAAAAAAAAAUGUUCAGUGGAACAAGCAAAACUACAACUAUGGAGAAGAACAAUAUAAAUAUGCAGCGUCUGAAAGACUUCAGAAUGAAAAUCCACCAGUGUUUAGUAUGUCAAAAGCAAGUAAAAACAAAUGCAGAUCUAGUAAAACAUACAAGAAUUCAUACUGGAGAGAAACCCUAUCAGUGUUCAGUGUGCCUAAAAGAAUUUUCAGAUAGGUCAACCCAAGUAAAACAUAUGAGAGUUCAUACAGGUGAGAAACCAUAUCAAUGUUCGGGGUGUCUGAAAGAAUUUUCAGAUAAAUCAACCCUUGUGAAACAUAUGAGAAUUCAUACAGGAGAGAAACCAUUUCAGUGUUCAGUGUGUCUCAAACUAUUUAAACAAAAAUCACAUCUAGUAAAGCAUGAGCGAGUUCAUACAGGAGAGAAACCCUAUCAGUGUACAGAGUGUCAUAAAGACUUUACUCAAAAAGCAAGUGUAAUAAAUCAUAUGAGAGUACAUACAGGAGAGAAACCAUAUCAAUGUACCGAGUGUUUAAAGAAGUUUUCACAAAAAACUAUCCUAAUAAAACAUAUGAGAAUACAUACAGGAGAAAAACGAUAUCAGUGUUCAGAGUGUUUAAAACACUUUUCGCAAAGAGAAAAUUUAAAGAAACAUAUGAGAGUACAUACAGGAGAGAAACCGUAUCAGUGUUCAGUGUGUCUAAAACAAUUUAAACAAAGAUCGGAUGUUGUAAAACAUAUGAGAGUUCAUACAGGUGAGAAGCCAUUUCAUUGUUCAUUGUGUGUAAAGGAUUUUUCACAAAAAGCAAAUCUAAUAAAACAUAUGAGUAUCCAUAUAAAAGAGGAACCAUAUCACUAUUUAGAGGGUUUGUAAAUUGGAUAACUAAAGUAAAAUCUAGCACAACAUUAGAAUGCAAGAAAUCAUUCCACAAUUCGGUGCUCAGUGUUAAAAUAAUAGAGUUCAUACUGAAGAGAAACUACAAAUGUUUAAAAAUAUUUUAUAUAAACAAUAGGUUACCAUAAAAGUUCUGUGGCCAGUCAUAACCGAGACUGGAAUAGUGGAAUAGUGCUUAUGAGUUUACCUUUGUAUGAAAUUUUCAGAGAACCAGAUACAAUAAGAAUUCCAAAGAACAACAUAGAGCACAUAGUGGUGUGUUGAGAAGAAGUGGAAAAAAUGUUCAAGGAGCUAAGCAGAAACAAAGCAGUUGGCCCAGAUGGAGUUUUGCCUUGGGUUCUGAGAGAAUACACACCUGAGCUCAGCACUCCAUAAAAUUUGUUUUUUAAGUCAUGUGUGCAGGAGUCUUGGCAGAUAUAUGGAAAAGGACUAACAUAGUUCCAAUCUACAAAAAUGGUAGCAGGGAAGACCUUCUUAAUUACAGAGCUCUAUCGUUGACAAGUGUAGUAAUCAAAACAUUAGAAAAAUAAUUAAAACCAAAUGGAGAAAAAUGAUAUAAAAGAGUAUGGCUUUUGAACAGGAAGAUUGUGUGUAACAAAUCUACUUAGUUUCUAUGAUGGAGCCACAGAGAUUUUACAGGAGAAAGAUUAUUGGGUUGAUUGCAUUUAUCUGGACCUAAAAAAAGAAAAAAAAAAGGCUUUUGACAGAAUCCCACAUAAAAGGUUUAACUGGAAACUGGAACAAAGAGGAAUAUUAGGGAGACUUCUGACAU